AAAGUUUAAAUAUGAAAUAUCUCCAGAGCAAGGAAAUUGAAUUGAACUCUGAAUGCCAGUAGCCGAUAAACGAUUCCUUUAUUAAAUCGCUAUAUUUAAGAUUUGUAAAUCAAAAUAUAAUUUAGCUUUUCCCGUCAUAAGAGCACAAUUAAAUUAUACUGCUCGUGAAUCAAAUAAAAACAAUAUUUUCACAGCGGUUAUUUCAAUCAAUAAACGAUGUCUUGCAAUUAUGCAGAAGGUUUAUCACCAUAUGAACAUAAAGGUGUUCUCGGAGUCCCUGAGAAAUUCGAGUCUAUUGAUAAAUUAAAUGAAAAAUGUAUUGCUUUAGCUGAACUAAUAAAAAAGAGUAAGCACAUAGUUGUACAUACAGGAGCUGGAAUAAGCACUUCAGCAGGUAUUCCAGAUUUUAGAGGUCCAAAUGGAGUCUGGACUUUAGAAAAAGAAGGCAAGAAACCAUCUAUUAAUAUCUCAUUUGCAGAUGCCAAACCAACAAAGACUCACAUGAUACUCAAGAAACUUGUGGAAAGUAAUAAAGUACAAUAUAUUAUAAGUCAGAACAUAGAUGGACUGCACUUAAAAUCAGGAUUGCCACGGAAGUAUCUAGCUGAAUUACAUGGAAAUAUGUUCAUUGAUGAAUGCAAUCUUUGUAAAAGACAAUUUGUACGAAGUCGUCCAGUAGAAACUGUGGGAAAGAAAUGCAGUGGAAUACCUUGUGCUUCAGGACAUGAUGGUGGACGACCAUGCAGAGGUCGGCUCUAUGAUGGAGUCUUAGACUGGGAGCAUAGCCUACCUGAGAAUGACCUUUUGAUGUCAGAAUGGCAUUCGAGCAUUGCAGAUUUGAGUAUAUGUUUGGGAACAACACUUCAAAUCAUUCCUAGUGGUAAUUUACCUUUAGAAACCUUAAAGUAUGGAGGAAAACUAGUCUUAUGUAAUUUACAGCCAACAAAACAUGACAACAAAGCAGACUUAAUUAUAAAUUACUAUGUAGACGAUAUUUUAGAUAAAGUCAUGAACAUACUGGGUAUAGAAAUACCAGAUUAUAAAGAAACCGAAAACUUAACUAAAUUGGCUGAAUCAGCUAUUGUCGAUUGGACAAUAAGUCGAAAUGAUAUAUCAUCAAUGGAGAAAAUAUUUAAGGCUAAAUGUAAAGGUGUGAAGAAAAAAAGGAUUUUAAAUAAAAAUAAAAGAAACAGCCUAGAUUUAUUAAUUAAUGGAUUGGAUAAAGAUGAUGACAAAUCAAAAAUGAUCAAGCUGGAAAUAAAAGAGGAAGACGAAAAAGAAUGUUUAGUAGACUCCAGUAAUAUUCAAUUAAAUGUAUAGUAAAUUUAA